AUUAAUUUAUAUAUUAAAAUAAGUUCAAAUAUUAUAUUGUUACCAAAACGGCGUUUGUGGAUAAUAUAUGUUCAAUGUUUUAUACAAUUUUAAUUAUUAAAAAUAUAUAUUUAAUUUAAAUAUAUGUACCUUUCCAGUUAAGUGUCACAAAUUGAAUUAUGGGUAAUAUGAAAAUAUAUGGGAUAUGGAGAAACCCAUUGAAUUAUUCUGCCGUAAACACCGCAAUUAACCACCAGGGGGAGAUGUUCGGAAACUGCAUGCAAUCUUGUAUUUGACCAAAUGUAAACAAUUAUCAUUUUGUCUACGAACAUCCGAUCCAGACGCAUGAUACGUCUUUGGAAAGCCACAAAACGGCUUUUUUAUAUAAAAAAAUAACCCCUGCAUAUUGAGCUACAGGACACAGCACGAGCAGUGAAAGCAGGGUCCCCACAGACUUCUAUCAGGCGCGUUCACGAUCAUAACAAAGCCUACGUCAGCAUGCGCGCUUCACAGAAUGUCCGCCCCCAUGCUUGCCUGGAGUUUCACAUCGCAAUAGGAGGAUUCUCCUCAGGUCUGUGAGGAUGAGAAGGUCUCCACAGUCUGGAGUCUGGUCUCUGACAGGCUCAACAUACCUGUCAAUCAACAGGGACUCCUCUACAAAGGCAAGGCGCUGGCAGGUCUGUGAGGAUGAGAAGGUCUCCACAGUCUGGAGUCUGAUCUCUGACAGCCUCAACAUACCUGUCAAUCAACAGGGACUCCUCUACAAAGGCAAGGCGCUGGCAGGUAGGCUGAACAGCACAGCACAGCACAGCUCACCCCUCCUCUCACCCCUCGCCUCAUCCCUCCUCUCACUCCUCGCCUCACCCCGGGUCAGUGUGGCACAGCCUGCCUGCUCUUCUAAACAAACACUUCAGCCCUGCCGACGCAGUGAGAGUCUGGAGCAGCAACACGAGGUGAUGAAGUGACACUUUGAAUAUGGGGCCUGAUGAGAGAAGUAUCCUUUUCAUGUGGUUUUGGUUUUGCCGUUGUGAGCAGGUGUGGGAGACAGCACCGUGUCUGCAUGUGAAAUAACAAAGUCAUCGCAGUGGAGGGACUCUCUGAAGGCUGCUGUUUGUGGAUUUGUCUUGUAAUGUGAGUGAUCUACUGUACUGUGAUGCCACUGUCUGUACGCACGCUGCACUGCAGGGGAGACACCGCUGGCAUUCACAGGGCAUGCUUGUUCAUUUAAAGCACGCUGCACUGCAGGGGAGACACCGCUGGCAUUCACAGGGCAUGCUUGUUCAUUUAAAGCACGCUGCA